CAGUCCCUCGCUAUUGCCUGUACGCUUAGCUUGCCCGCGACGCUUGAAAAUACAAUCCAAGUUUUUACGAGUCGCGCACAUAUUAUUGUACUACAAUUCGGAAAAAUUAACCACAUCACAACCAAACACGGCGAUUAUACCGCGUCUUUGUAAAUGUGUUCUCUUGUUAGAUAGAUUCGGCGAGGUGUACUGUACUGUUUCUCUAUAAUAAUCUCCGCUAGUUUUGAGGUUGUUGUUGAUUGUCUAGAAAAAAACAUACAUACUUGUGAUCACUUUAAUUUGGAUCUACAUCUACCACAUUCGGUUGUCUGUUGCUCUGGUGAUUGUUUCUGCUGGAUUUAUAUUACAAACAGUCGACAGCGUCAAGUUUCAUCGGCGAGAGUAGUGUUCAUCCAGGACCUGAAAAUUAUAUUAAACGAAAAAUAAUGCGCUAGAUCGCUUGUGUCUCAGUCUAUCUUUUCCUCUCUAAAUUUUCGAAAUCAAAGUCUCGACAAUCGCUUCAGCUUCUCGCCUACCUGCUUACCGCAAUACAAGAAAAAAGUUUACGACAGAAAAACAGUACCAUAGUGUUAUUUUUCUAAGAGCAUAACAACACCAAGUACUAAGUUUGUGUGAUAGUUAGUUGUAAGUAGUUCGCAACUGAAAAAUGGACAAUAAUUCUACCUGAAACUCUCCCAAAUCAUUAUAUUAUCAUAGUGAAAGUGUCGCGUAUCCUUACGUCCAAAAAGUUUUAAAAAGUGCUUUCUCGCUUCUCCGAAAAAGUCCCCAACUUUACGUCACCGUAAAACGUAAACAAAUUUAUUAAAAAAAACAAAAUGGCAAUGGUCAACAUGAACAACCUGCUGAAUGGCAAGGAUUCGCGCUGGCUUCAGCUGGAGGUGUGCCGCGAGUUCCAGAGAAACAAAUGCUCCAGACCGGACACAGAGUGCAAGUUCGCUCAUCCACCAGCCAACGUCGAGGUCCAAAACGGAAGAGUCACCGCCUGCUACGACAGUAUUAAGGGUCGAUGUAAUAGGGAAAAACCACCAUGCAAAUAUUUCCACCCGCCGCAACACUUAAAAGAUCAGCUUUUGAUAAACGGCAGGAACCACCUCGCAUUAAAAAAUGCCCUCAUGCAACAAAUGGGUCUCACACCCGGACAGCCCAUCGUACCAGGACAAGUUCAAGCUGUGGCCGCUAAUCCCUACCUGACAGGCAUGCCCCAGGUUGGCAGCACGUACAGCCCCUACUUCGCACCUGGACCCAUCAUGCCGACGAUCAUGGGCCCUGACCCUACGGGCGUAGGGUCUCCUCUAGGAGUCGUCCCACAAACCGUGGUCCAACAGAAGAUGCAACGUUCCGACAGAUUAGAGGUGUGCCGCGAGUACCAGCGCGGGGCGUGCAAACGGGCCGAGUCUGAGUGCCGAUUUGCGCAUCCCGCCGAUUCAGUGACCGCCAACGAAGACGGCACUGUCACCGUCUGCAUGGACGCAGUAAAGGGCCGCUGCAACCGCGACCCCUGCCGCUAUUUCCAUCCCCCUCUGCACCUCCAAGCCCAAAUCAAGGCCGCACAAUCGCGGGCUAACGCGAUGGAUAUGAAGUCAGUUGGAUCGUUUUACUACGAAAACUUCCAGGGCUUCCCUGGCAUGAUGCCGUACAAACGGCCAGCAGCCGAUAAGUCUGGAGUUCCUGUUUACCAGCCGAACGCCACAACGUACCAGCAACUGAUGCAGUUACAGCAGCCAUUCGUGCCCGUGUCAUGUGAGUAUUCUGCGUCCCCCGCUCCCCCGCCCACCACCUGUGCUUCGCCUCCCACUCCCGACACCGCUUCCCAACAACAAUCACAGCAACAUCCCCUUGGCUCGUCCACCCCCACCGCUCAGCAACAACAGGCCGCAGCUGCCGCUGUCGCUGCGCACAUGAGCAAACAGCAGCAGCAGCAGCAGAGCGAGAACGAGAACGCAGCUGCUGCGCAGCAAGUUUUUAGCGCGCAUUCGGUCGCCACCAGCGCAGCCGCCAAUGCAGUCGCUGCCGCUGCUUUGCUCUCGAGUCAGACGAACACGAUUCACGACCCAGCCGCGCUUGCCAAAGAGGUGGCGCAGCAAAACUACGCCAAAGCCGUCAAGAUGGCGCAAGUCAAUCAAAGCAUAGCUGCCUCACAGCUGCAGCAACACUUGAACCCGCUAAAUUACACCGGCGUGGCCUUAAACAAGCAGACGUUGAGCAUGCCGCCUCCCACUUACGCGCGUUUUCCACAGCUACCUCUCGGUUUUACUACCAAUUUAAAUCUUGGUCAUCUAAAUCAUUACCAGGCGGCCGCCAUGGCCCAGCAAAACCUGCUAAACCUGACCCGACCCCCGCCCUCUCAUAUGAUUAACCCGUACUCUCUGAUGAGGAACCCGUACGCCACCACAGCCCCACAAGGCGCUAACCCCACCUUUAGCAACGGCCUACUUGGCGCACAGUACCCCGUGACCGUGUCCGCCGCCCCAAUGACGAACGUCUCCGCCACGGCAGCGGCCGCCGCCGUCGCGCAAAACAACAACAACAACGUUGUCAUGCAGCCGUAUAAAAAACUAAAAACCACCUAGGAUUACCUGUUGAUGUUUUAAAAUCGUGUUGUUUUGUUUUAGUUUUCGUAAUAUUUUUAAUAAUCUGUUUUUGAUAUCAAAAAUUUAAUUUAAUUAAGUGUUUUUUGUUUUGACCUAAAUUUAACUAUUGAUAUAAAUAAAGUUUUUUAACGUCUUAAACGAGGAAAGUCUAGUCAUGUAAAUGUGAAUCCUAACGCGUGUUUUUUCUUUGUACAUAACUGAAAUUGAACACGAAGCUGGGCGAUGUCGGGUGCGACACUGGACCAAGCGAGUGCCUAAAAUCUGUGAUACCCUCACAAAAGAAACCUAAAUGCUAAACUUGCACCGCUUCUCUAACAUCCCUCACAUAAAAAUCCCUACUACAUCGACUCUUAAUACUAGUUAAGUUAUUAGUAUUAUUAUAUAAAAAUAUAUAGAUAUUUGGUGGAUAAGAUUUUACUAGUAUCUUUACCAUGGAUCGUGGAAUUCAAAUUUGUUAUUUGCAUGAUGUAAAAGAUAUAUAAACAUUUAUAUUAAAACUAUUUGAGAGCCUAUUUUCAAUCGCAUGGUAGAUACUGAAAGCGUUCGUUGUAUUUGUUAUUUAGAAGUGCCAUUCGCUAAGUCUGUAGUUUUGUAACUGACCCAAAAAGACACCAGCCAUCUCUAUCUGUCUAUCUGUUUUUCAUUUUUAUUAUUAUUAGUUGAUUUUUACAACAUAUGCCUACAUACCGCUCUGUGUUUUUGUGUAUUAGUUCGGUUAUUUGCAUGGGGCUUCGAUUUUUAAUACAUGUUAUGCAUGUCGUUUACCGAAAAAAAAAUGAAUAUCUUUAAUACCGAAUUGGUUUGGCACCUCAAGACUAACACGCCGAUUCCUACAAAUACUACACACAGCAUUAGCCUUCGACAUUUCACAUGUCACGUGUAUGUAUGAUAAACAUUUGGUAAGUCAUUUAUUCUUUAUUUAUAGCUUUAGAAAUUGGAUUCUGCAUUUGGACUGUGUUAUAAACUGUAAAAUUGCAUUUUAUUCACAUAAAAUGCAGCGCUCAGGCUUCAAUAUGUUAAAAGCUAUUAACUGUCAUUGCCUAUGGGGCAUUUCAUACCAAAUCGACCAAUUUUGACCCCGACCCCUUACGAUUAGGCUAAAACUUUUUAUCUUUUUUUUUACCCUAUUAAAAACAUUUUUACCCAACCAAAAAGUGAUUUUUUUUUUAAAUUGACUUAUUGGAACGUUUUUUUUUUUUAAUUUUAGUUUUUAAAUCGUUCAGCG